GUCCUCACCGCAAUCUUCAAGCAGCUCGACAACGUCGUCAAGAAGCUCAAAGUAAGCCGCUGGCAAGAGGACAUCACCGCCAUCCCCGACUCAAAGGCCCGCAUUAUAGGCUGCACGACAACAGGCCUCACAAAGUACCGCAAGCUCAUCGCCGCGCUCCACCCCCGCGUCAUGAUAAUCGAAGAAGCCGCCGAGACGCGCGAGGCAAACAUCACCGCCGCGCUGUUCUCCUCCCUGGAGCAAAUCAUCCUCGUCGGCGAUCACAUGCAGCUGGCGCCCCACGCCGACGUCCUGGAGCUCAGCAAGCCCCCCUACUAUCAAAACGUGUCUCUGUUCCAGAGGCUCGUGGAGCGCGGUUUGGAGCAUUCCACCCUCCAGGUGCAGAGACGCAUGGCGCCCGACAUUCGCAAGCUGCUGAGCGCGUGGUACCCUCUCCUGGUAGACCACCCUUCGACCUUAGAUCGAGAAGCCGUCCCGGGCAUGGGCUCAGAGAGCCUGCUGUGGUUCAACCACCAACGCCCCGAGUCAUCUAACCGGUACUGCAGCAAAGUCAACACUUUCGAGGCCGACAUGAUUGUCGGGCUGUACAACCAUUUAGUGUCCAACGGCACAAGCCCCUCAGAAAUCACCGUCCUGACCUUCUACAGCGGACAAAAGGCCUGUAUCGAGAACGGCCUCCGCCAAACCUCAAGCGCCGGCCGCCUCGGUCCCGAGGUCCAGACCGUAGACGGGUACCAGGGUAGAGAAAACAGCAUCAUCCUCAUCUCCAUCACCGGAAGCUCAGGAGACCGUACGAAACCGGACGCGGGCUUCCUCAACGAUCUAAGGCGCGCCAUCGUCGCCCUCAGCCGGCCCGACACCUUCUGAUCAUCCUCGGAGACAUGCAGAAUCUGCUAGCGUCAUCGGCUCGACCCAUCUGGAGCGAGGUCUUGAACAGGAUGGAGGCACCGCCCACGGACUACAUCCCCGUCUUCUGCAAAGCGCAUGGGAGUGAGAUUCGUAUCCGG